GAAUAACAAAAAUAUCCACCGGGGCGGGUUUGCCCCGAACCAACUACAUAUUUUUUUAUUUACUUAUUUAUUUUUUAACAAUACAGUGAUAUUGAACCCAAGGCACCCGAACGACUGUUGAAGCUCCACGCCGCCGCUAAUCUGCCGUCGGUCUCCUCUGCUCUGGUUCCAGAGUAAAUUUGGCCAAUGUGAGGUAUGCAUUCAUCAACAUGAUGGAUCCGACCAUGAUUAUUCCUUUCUACCAGCUGUGGAUUUACACCAGAGAUUGGAAGAAGGAAGAUGAUUUUUCUUUCACUAUAUUUUAUCAAACAAAUUUGUAUUGUGUGCUUCUGUCAAAACCCAGUUAAUACAAGCAUUCUGUGCUCUGUUUUUACUUAAUCUAUAAGUUUUAGUGAUGAUCGUGUAUUGUACCCUAUAUUAUCCAAAAAAAAAAUUGUUACCCUUACUUUCAUGCUAUGAGUUUUCUGAUCUCAUUUUGAUAACAGUACUGAAUAAUAAUUUUUAUUUUCUCCACAUGUAAAAUUAAUUGAUUAUCGCUGAUUUACAUUCUAUUUGUUUGGUUUUGUUCUUUAGAGAAGUAAAAAUUUAUUUUUCUCCACAAACAUGUUAAUUAUGAUCUAUUGAUUGUCCUAGUUUACUUCAAGUUUAAUGUAUAAAUGUACUUCAGAUUUGGCAGGCUGAGUAUGUGCUAUCUAGAAGAUACAGUUAUGUCCAAGUACGGCUGUGGUGCCCCUUCUUUCCCUCCUGAGCUGUGAGGUGUUUAUAACAUUGAAAAUCAUUGUUAUUUAUCAACGAAAAGAAAAGAAAAGAAAAGGUGGGAAAAUUUCAUUAGUGUUAAAUCCUCCCACCAUGAUCAAUGAUACAACGUCGUUUCUUUCAUAUUCGAUUAUUCUCCUGCUCUCCUAUUCCGGUGCAAGGACCCUCUACGACUCCAAACCCAGCCAAUAUUGUCCAAUGCAACCACAAGAUUCAACAACUAACUCAAUUCGGCCGAGUUGCCGAGGCACGCCAAGUGUUCGACUCAAUGUGCCAACGAGACUCAAUUUCUUGGAACUCCAUGAUUUCUGGGUUCACUCAGUACGGGUUGUUGCAUGAAGCUCAAGCGUUCUUUAAUGCAUUCCAAGGAAAGAAUGUUAGAACUUGGACAAUUUUGUUGAGUGGGUAUGCGAAACAUGGGAUGUUGGAUGAAGCUAGAAUGGUGUUUGAAUCGAUGCCCGAGCGUAACGCUGUAUCUUGGAAUGCUAUGAUUAGUGGGUAUAUCCAAAAUGGUCACUUGAAACAAGCUAGAAAGUUGUUUGAUCAAAUGCCUGAGAGAAACAUUGCGUCAUGGAAUUCGAUGAUUACUGGAUAUUGUCAUUGUGGCAUUAUGAGUGAAGCUCGUGAGCUCUUUGACCAAAUGGAGGAGAGGAGUUGUGUUUCUUGGAUGACUGUCAUUUCUGGGUAUGUUGCAAUAAAUGAGUCUCUAGAGGCAUGGAUUGUCUUUUUGAUGAUGUUGAGGAGUGGAAUGAAGCCGGACCAGGGCCUUUUUGUUGUUGCUUUAUCAGCAGUCACAGGGUUGAACGGGUUCAGAUUAGUUGAAAGUUUGAGAACAGUGUCGACAAAGAUGGGCUAUGAGGGGCAUGUGGUUGUGGGGACAUCUAUUUUGAAUGCUUACACAAGAAAUGGGAGCUUAGAACAUGCCAUGAAGUUUUUUGAGACAAUGCCGGAAAGGAAUGAGUACUCGUGGAGCACAAUGAUUGCAGCACUUUCACAGUGUGGCAGAUUAAAUGAUUCCAUUUCAUUAUAUGACAGAGCUACUGAGAAGGGAGUCGCUACAAUGACGGCAAUGAUGACUGCCUAUGCUCAGCAUGGGAGGCUUUUUGAUGCCAGACGAAUAUUUGAUAAGAUUCCAAAUCCAAAUGUGGUAACAUGGAAUGCUAUGAUUGCUGCCUAUUCUCAAAACGGAAUGCUUGAUGAAGCAAAAACUAUGUUUUCUAGAAUCCCACUUCGGAAUUCAGCUUCUUGGGCAGCCAUGAUUUCUGGGCUUGUACAGAGUGGACAAAGAACAGAAGCUCUGAAGUUGUUUGCUGAGCUUCAUAUAUCAGGAACUUACAUUAAUCAUUCUAGUUUCACUAGUGCUCUCUUUGCUUGCGCAAAUACAGGAGAUGAAGGGAUUGGUCAACAGAUACACUCACUCACCAUUAAAACAAAGUGCCAUUCUAAUCCCUUUGUUGGAAAUGGGUUGAUCUCCAUGUAUGCAAAGUGCAAAAACAUAGAAGACAAGUCACAAGAUUUAAGUAUAAUGAGCGUGACGGACUGCAUCUCUAGAAACUCAGUAAUCAGAGGCAUUUCAGACUAUCACAUGUUGCCGGAAGCUCGAAAAGUUUUUGAUAAGAUGCCUAAAAGGGAUGUGGUGUCUUGGACUGCUAUCAUAUCAGCUUAUGAACAAGCUGGCCAAGUCGAUACUGCCUUAAAAUUGUUCCUUGAAAUGUUGACUAGAGGAAUAAAACCAAACGCAUUAACUGUUACUAGUGUCCUUAGUGCUUGUGGGUGCCGUGGUGCGACAAGGCUUGGGGAACAAAUCCAUGUCCUGAUACACAAACUUGGAUUAAAUUCAUAUUUGUUUUUGUGUAAUGCUUUGGUGACAAUGUCCUUCAAGUGUGGGAGUUUAGAUGGUCUUCGCAUCUUUGAAGAGAUGCCAUACCGAGACAUUGUAACGUGGAAUGCUGUUUUAGCUGGCUGUGCACAAAACGGACUAGGUGAAGAAGCUGUUAGGAUUUUCGAACAAAUGCAAGCUACUGGGGUUUCACCAAAUGAAAUCAGUUUCUUAGGGAUUUUAUGUGCUUGUAGCCAUGCAGGAUUAGUCGAAAAUGGAUGGUCUUAUUUCAAUUCCAUGGAACAAGAUUACACCAUUACCCCCUCGGUUCAUCACUAUACCUGUAUGGUUGAUCUCCUUGGGAGAGCAGGGCGGCUUAAUGAAGCUGCAUCUCUCAUCGAAAACAUGCCACUGGAGCCAGAUUCUGCAAUUUGGAAAGCACUUCUCGGUGCUUGCUGGAUCCACCGUGACAACAAACUCGGCAAGAAAGUUGCUGAAAGGCUUUUGAAAAUGGGGAAGCAAAGAUCUGGGACCUAUGUUUUGUUAUCAAAUAUGUAUGCGUCUCAAGGUAUGUGGGAGAAAGUACGAGAAAUAAGAGAGCUGAUGAAAAACAGGGGAGUCACCAAAGAACCUGCAGUUAGCUGGGUUCAGAUCAAGAAUAAGGUGCACUACUUUCAAAUAGGGGAUAAGAGACAUGAGGAGUUUGAAGAGAUAAACUCUAAACUAAAGGACUUGUACAGAAACUUCAAAGCAACAGGUUAUGUGCCAGACACAAACUUUGUUCUUCACGAUGUGGAGGAGGAGCAAAAACAGGACGAGCUUCUUCACCAUAGCGAGAAGCUCGCGGUUGUUUAUGGGAUCAUGCGCACGCCCAGUGGGAGUCCAAUUCAGAUUCUGAAGAACCUCAGAAUCUGUGGAGACUGUCACUCUUUUAUGAAAUUUGUCUCCAAAAUCGACCGGCGCAAGAUUAUUAUUCGAGAUGGAAACAGAUUCCACCAUUUUCAAGAUGGUUUCUGUUCCUGUGGGGAUUAUUGGUGAUCAUGUUUGAACAAUAGUAAUCUUAUCCUUUUUUUUUUUUUGCUUACAUGAUCCUUCUAUAUACAUGAAAUCAGUGGCAUUCAUAGAUGUACAAAUUAAAGUAUGGUGUCACAAAAUAGUAAAACUUAUAAUUGAAGUCAACAGACUUGUCAAUUAUUGGUAUAAGAUUUGCAGAUACUUUUGUUGUGAAUUGAUAAUGAUCAAGUACUGUGAAAUUUCAAUUUGGCUUCUGUCUACCAUUUAGAGUUCUUAGACAUAUGGGUUCUUCAAGAUUACUAUUUUAGUUUGAAUGAUAUAUUCUCUUAUUUAA